GCUUUUCCAUGUUGGCGUGUAAACGCAAAAAGAACCGGGUCGCUCACAUCCACGUUGUUACGUUGUUUGUGCUUUCUCAAAAUAGCCAACCCAAAAUGAAGUUAUGUAAUAACUUGCCAUUCAUAGCUUUGUAUUACUUAUUACAGUACGAAAUAGGCAAGAGCUACAGCUUUACCGGCUAAAACCUCAGUUUUGCCGCCGUGGUUGCUCUGCGGAUGUUGAAACCGAAACCGAUGGCGGUGUUGAACUACUUGGCGUUGUGAUACACGUGAGGCCAUAGAAGGUGAUAGAAGCUUCUCGGGCUUCUCUUUAGAACUUUCCAGGCUCUACAAGGUUUUCAUUGCUUUUGCAUGCUUACCGCGAUUUCCUGUUAUUUACUCAUUGCUAAGCAGUGAGCUAGUGGGUGCAGUUUUUCAUCCUGUACAAAAGUUCGUAGUAUGACAGCGGCCGGGCUUGGCAAAUUACGACUUCGCUAGCGGCCGACUUCUCUAAUCCGACUGACUGCGUGGUAUGCGCGCAUUGUAACAGUUGCAGCACAUUUUUUGGUAGCGCUAUCGAGCCGUACAACAUGCGCAACAAGUGCGAGACGUUGCUCGUCCGGCACUUGCCGACCUCGAUGAGCGAAGCCGAAAAGAUCGACCUGCUCAAGCACUUCGGCGCCGACACCGUGCGAUGCAUGCGACCGACGGGAAAACUGAAGAACUCCGCAUUCGCGACGUUUCCGACGCAGGAAGCCGCUGACUGCGCUCUCGAUCGCCUGCACCAGGCCGUGCUGAUGGGAAGCCGCCUGGUCGUCGAAUACGCGCUCGGCAAACAGGUGGACCGCUAUUUUCCGAGCAAGAGCGAGCAGUUCUCGGAGUCUGCGAGCGCUGCAGAAAACGCCGACGAACAGCAGGCGACGUCGUCGAAGGACGAGUACAAGUCCAAAAUGGAGGCGUUCGCGAUCAAGCUGCACGCGAUGUCCUCGGACCUGGGGCUCGACUACGUCCUCAACCCGAUGCUGACUUACGCCUACCCGCCUGCGUCCCCUACGAUCGUGGCGAACAUAGCCGCCGUGCUGCUUUCGGUGCCCAAGUUCUACACUCAGGUCCUGCACCUGAUGAACAAGAUGAACCUCCCGGCCCCGUUCGGACCCCCGAUGCCGCAGCCGCCCGUGAUGCAGCAUUCCUUCACCGCCAACCCCGGUCUCGCCACGAGCGAAUCCCAACCCUCGGCUUCCGAUGCGGCUGCCGAAGUGUCGGCCGGUGACCACGAGUCGAGCUUGGAGGAGUCUGAGAUGGAGAGUGAGGAAGACGAUGCCUUUCAGAGAGCCCAGCUGCCUAGGGCCGUGAUUCCAAAGAAGCGCAAAGCCAAGACCCAGCUGAAGAGGCCCAAACUCCAAAAGCUUCUGCCACCUCAGCCAGUUCAGGAGCACGGACCCAAGGCGUCUGACGUGUUCGAGCCAGUCGUCGAAGACAAGGGAGCGAUGAAAGCCAUAGCCAUCAACAUCCGACACGAAGUCGACGGCGAGGCGCAGGCGAAGCAGACGACAGCACCAGAGGUUGUGGAGGAAGGCGGCUUUGGCAUCCUGCCUGCCGCGCCCAAGCCAGUGGAAACCAGUGAGACAAAUGCCAGUGAUGACAACUAUGACUGGAGCGGAACGCAGUUCCUGCGGAGGGAGGAGGUCAGGUCGGGGCGCAUCUCCAGCGACGAGAUGAGCAGAGCGUCCGUGUUCAAGAACUACGAACCAGGAGAUGUGGCCUCCAGGCUCUACAUAAAGAAUGUGGCCAAGGCAGCGACUGUUGAGGACUUGUUUCGCAUCUACGGAGGCUACAUCGAUGCUGACUCUGAGGAACAGCGCAAUGCUUUUGACGUAAGGCUCAUGAAAGAGGGCCGUAUGAAAGGGCAAGCGUUUUUGACACUUGCCAGUGAAGCUCAGGCAGACAGAGCUCGAAGGGACACCAAUGGUUACCUUCUGAAGGGGAAGCCGCUUGUCGUACAGUUUGCAAGGUCAGCUAAGGCCAAGAAGCCACCCACGGGCUGACAAUGCUUGCCUUAAAGUGUUACAUUCUUGAACUUGUUCAUGUGGGCACCUGUAAAUAAGCAUAAGCAAUGUUGUAAUAUAUAAAGCUGGAAGUACAGAAGUUGUACAUAGCACAACUGUGGUCUCUGUUGGAAUGUGAAUAAUACUUUGUCUAAUAUGCAUGUAAGCAAAGUACACCAGUAAUACUUCGUCAAGGUGUAUCCACCUUGCUUUGUGAAAUGCAACUAUUCUUGUAUACGAAAUUGCUGUAUAUAGUUGGACAAUGCUGAUGAUGAUGCAGCCGCUACCCUUUGAGAAGCGGACGCUCGCAUGAAUGGAUGGGGCCAAAAUAAAAUGAAAUUAAAGGGAAGAUGUACAAAUGUCAUUUCUCCACGU